CUGUAUGUGCUGCAAAGGCUUAGAACAGGUAACCUUCGAAGACAUAAAUCCCAAUAUCGAACUUCUGUUCUUUCAAGAUGACAGACCCGACGACAAAAGCACCCAAAGGACCUGAUCCAAUUCUCCUAACGCUCUUUGCAAAUCGUUUCAUGAGCGUUGCCGAGGCAAUGGGCCGAUCUUUGCAACAGACGUCUAUCAGCACCAAUAUCAAAGAGCGCCUUGACUUCUCUUGUGCACUCUUCGCUCCCGACGGCGAUCUCGUAGCAAAUGCACCUUUCAUUCCCAUUCACUUGGGCUCAAUGAGUUUCGCCGUGAAGUACCAGAUGAAACUUUACGGGAAGGAGUUAAAGCAGGGAGACGUCCUCAUGACAAACUCCCCGCAUGCAGGUGGAUCACACCUACCAGACAUAACCAUCAUCACGCCCGUUUUUGAAGCCAAGUCCAAUGAGAUCAUCUUCUUCACCGCUUCACGGGGCCACCACGCAGAUAUUGGUGGUAUUCUUCCAGGCUCAAUGCCACCAACGUCUGUCAAUAUUUUCGAGGAGGGUGCAGAGAUCGUUAGCUUCAAAAUUGUCAAUAAUGGCAUGUUUGAUAAAAAGGGGCUGUAUGAGUAUAUGGUUGAUAAACCCAGCCAAUAUCCUGGUAGCUCUGGUUGCAGGAACAUUAAGGAUGUCGAGAGUGAUUUGAAAGCGCAAAUCGCAGCUAAUCAUAAAGGUGUACAAUUAAUCCAAGCAAUUGUGGACGAUUAUGGCUUGGAGACUGUACAGGAGUAUAUGUAUCACAUUCGGGCGAACGCCGAACGUUCUGUCAGAAAUCUCCUCCGCGACGUAGCAAAACGUGCUGGAACGAACGUUCUCGAGUCUGUGGACUACCUAGACGACGGAUCACCAAUACAACUGAAGGUUGAGAUCAACGAGGAAGAUGGGUCUGCAGUACUCGAUUUCGAAGGCACAGGCUGCGAAGUGCGCGGGAACCUCAACUCUCCUAUAUCAGUUGUCCACUCUGCCGUGAUCUACUGCAUGCGUUCCAUGUUAGAUGUAGACAUCCCACUGAACGCAGGAUGCUUAGUCCCGCUAGAAAUUAAGAUUCCGGAGAAAUCGCUGUUGUCACCAUCCAGAACGGCUGCUGUAUGUGGUGGCAAUGUACUUACCUCUCAGCGGAUCGUGGAUGUAGUGCUGAAAGCCUUCCAUGCAUGCGCAGCAAGCCAAGGGUGUACAAAUAAUCUGACAUUCGGUACGGGUGGAAAAGAUAAGAAUGGCGUGAAUACCGCUGGUUGGGGAUACUAUGAAACCAUUGCAGGAGGAUCGGGUGCCGGACCAGGAUGGCACGGAACCUCGGGUGUCCACACACAUAUCACCAACACGCGCAUCGGCGACGUCGAAAUUCUCGAGCGGCGAUACCCUGUGCUGCUUCAUCGUUUCGGUUUACGUCCUGGCUCUGCAGGUCAAGGGAAAUGGCACGGUGGUGAUGGCGUCAUACGGGAAUUCGAGGUGCUUCAACAGCUUCAGGUAUCCAUCUUGUCCGAGCGGAGAACUCGUCAACCAUACGGCAUGGAGGGCGGUGAGCCUGCCGCUAUGGGGCGCAACACAUGGGUUAAGAAACAGCGCAAGGAAGAUAAGGACAUUCCAGAGGGCCGCGAGGACGACGAAAACUUGGAUCCCAGGUACAUCAAUAUCGGGGGAAAGGCGACUGUUUUCAUGGGAAAGGGGGACAGAUUAUUGAUCGAGACACCUGGUGGCGGUGGGUGGGGCAUUCCAGAGGAUACAGAAGAGGACGCAGGCCAUGGGACACAUGUGAGAGCUUGGGAAGCAAGGGGUAGCUUAGCAGAGAGAGCAGCUAGGCAGGCAGGUUUUUAAUUCGACAAGUUCGCAGGCUCAGAAGGUAUUGACUAGGUGUAAUAUCACAAAUGUACGACUUAACCGAACAAUGACGAGGCUCAAAUACCUUGCGUAGUACUGGGAUACCUUAACUC